UCCUGCCUCCCUCCCUCCUUCCCUCCCCCUGCCUGCGCAGAGCCGCGGACAUGGCGCUCAGCAAUUUCCUCUUUGCUCAGUGCAUCUGCUACUUCCUGGCCUUCCUCUUCAGCUUCAUCGUCGUGGUGCCGCUCUCCGAGAAUGGCAACGACUUCCACGGCCGGUGCCUGCUCUUCACCGAGGGCAUGUGGCUCAACGCCAACCUGACGGUGGAGAGGCAGCGCUUCACCGUGCAAGAGUGGGGGCCCGAGGCCGCUUGCCGCUUCAGCAUCUUCACUGGGCUCCUCUCCUUGCUGCUGGCCACAGUGCAGGCCUGGAGGACCCUCUUCUUCCUCUGCAAAGGGCAUGAGGACUCUUUCUUUUAUGCCUUCCUGAAUCUGCUGAUCAGCGCCUUUGUGGUGUUUAUCACAUUUAUUGCUAGCACUAUAGUGAGUGUAGGAUUUAACAUGUGGUGUGAUGCAAUUACUGAAAAAGGAAGCAUGCCAAAUAGCUGUGAAGAAUUACAGGAUAUAGAUCUUGAGCUGAACUUAGAAAACUCUGCUUUCUAUGACCAGUUUGCUAUUGCACAGUUUGGUCUCUGGGCUGCCUGGCUGACCUGGCUGGGAAUUACCAUUCUGGCUUUCCUGAAGGUUUAUCACAACUACAGACAGGAGGACCUGCUAGAUAGCCUGAUCCAUGAGAAGGAGCUGUUGCUAGGAAGAUCUUCUUCACGAACCUCUUUGCAAGAUGAGAAAAGUGGCAUGAUCUAAAGUGUAAGCAAAUUUCCAGGGCAGGAUCUAGAUUUUAUUAAUCAGUAGUGUGAGGUGAAGUUGAGUCAGGGUAUUGAGUGUGUGAGAUCUUUUCUUUCCUGAAAGGAGAUGUACUUGCGAAUCACCCACUUCUUCCAUGAGAAAUUGUUGGCAGAAAUCCUUAUAUUAGGAUACAGAGAAUAAACGGCCCCAUGUGCCAUUGACACAGCAAACUUUCUGUCCUGUUCAGGCACAAUCUGUAACCUGCUCCUGCUAGCAGAGCUCCUACGUGCUAUCACUGGCUUUCGGGGAAGGGGCCAUUGUUGAGGACUGUGCUGGCAAGACCAGGCUACAGAGUCUAGGCUAUUUCUUCAAACUAUUCUGCAACAACAGUUGUAACUGGGGCUGUGUCCGGUCCCUCUUCUCUCCGUCUCCUCCCUUCUGUCAGUAAAGCUGCCCUUGUUCUCACUUUAUUCUGGGUAAUUGCAGCUCUGGUCCAGGUACAGACUCUUGCUGUCUCUGCUUUUGCUAUGUGUGGACGCAAUGCUGACAAACCUGUUGCUCCUGCUCUGAUUUAGCGUUCAUUUAGAACAGAGACCUGUGUUGCAGACUUGAUAUUUAAUAUUGGACAGUGUUAAUGAAUUUCACGAAACUACUAUAUUAUCACACUAUCUGUAAAAAGCUGCGUAUCACUUGGAAGGAUGGUGGAGAAUUUUUGUGGCUUUGUUUCUUAGAUUUUGGCAUGACCAACAUUUAUUAAGACUCCUGUAGUGUAGCUAGCCAUUGCUGAAGCUUGCAUACUAAGAAAUUAGGCUGAAUAGAUAGUAUUAAUGCUUGUGCAUUUAUAAAUGUAACUUGGUCCCUAACAUUGUAUAUUAUUCAGUUUUGAGUAUAAGAAUUUACUUGUGAUAUUUUUUCAUAUAAGGUAUGCAAAAUUACUGUAAACACUUGCAUUGUAGGUAUCUCUAUUUAUCUAUAAAGAUAGCAAGGAGCUUGAACAGCUGAACUAUUUUAUAGGUAGUUCAGUGUUGAAUGGGUCCAUGCUCCCCGCUGACGGGCAGGAGUUCCAGGGCUGAUGAAUUUUGCUGUGAAAAGAGAGCAACUGUUAUUUACACAAAGCUCACUAGUGACUUCGCUGUUGCUUUCAGUUUUGCUUCGCCAGUGCUUCAACAAAUAAGGUGCAUGGUUGAGACAAGAAGUAGAUCUGAUAAUUAAGGAGAGUCACUCAUCUGAGCGUGGGAUUUGCAUGACAAAGAAGUAAAGUCGUACUAGAAUUAGGCAGUUAUCCCUGGGUACACAUUACACAGAAGACCCUGAUUCAGCAGAAAACCUAAGCAAGCAGUUAAGUUUAGGCUGAAGAAGAUUUUUCUGGAGUACACCAACACUGUCUGUGGCAGCUGUGUUUGAGUUGAGACUGAAGUUAUUGCAACAUGAGUGCAAACCAUGCACAACUAUAUUGCCUGGUAAAUAGGAAGGAGAGGAGAGAAGACAGCAGGCUUCUCCCCCAUCAGAACUCAAGCCUGGGGCUAGCACAACCAUGCAGAUUUACUGUUGUCUUCCGGGGACUAUGUAAUGCUUAAAGUUAAGUACUGGCUUAAGCGUUUUGGUUGAAACAGAAUUUGAAGUCAUAAAAAAAUCCUUGAAUUAGUAAGUAUUUCAGGGCUUAAAACCUAACAUUACAUUUAACAGCUGAAUUGUUCUCAUAGGUUUAGGGGAAAAAACCCUCCAUGGGCUGUAAACAGUGAGCUGGCCCUGUGAACUUCGCUUAUAGCCCCAGCUGGCCACAGCUGUCUGUAGAGAGAUCUUGUUUGUCAGCAUGAUUUCUGCCCACAAGGGAAUGCAAUUCCUUUGAAAUCUCCACAACGGUGGCUUUUUUGUAGUUAUGAAUUGACAUCAGAGGAGGAGUUCCUGAAGAGGGAAUCAGAGAUCAAGUUAAUUAGUAUCAAUUUAAUGUUCAGAUAUCAGGAUGGCUGGAGUGCCUUUUUUUAUUCUGUCGAUCCAAUAAGAGAGACACACUUGUAGAUAUCUAAGCCCUUUGCCAGGGCAUGACUUUCCGUUCAUACCCUGAAGAAGAGCAUGAGUCCUAAAAGUUAGCCUGCUUCCUGUGUUUUCUCAGUUGCUUCUCCAACUACAAAAGACACUACUUGUCCUUCCAAUCUCACUUUCAAUUUAAGAUUCAGCAGUGAUAUUUCUUCCCACAAAUUACUUCAGUGCAUGCCUUACUCCUCACAUGGACCCAUGCUGCUGUUUUUUAUAUUUUAUGUAUGUGCCAAAUCAGGUUUAAGCUGAAUUAACAUGUGGGUUGGGACCAUUGUUCCUGGUCUUGCCUGGGGGUUUGAAGAACCAAGAGGCAUAAGAUAGCAAGUGUUUCCUUCUCAUCCUUGCUCUGAGAUACCAGGGCUCAAGUCUCGUCUCUGUUUCUGAGAAGGAAGAAGAUGUUUCUCAUCAGUGAGGUUGUUUGGAGCUCAUGCUCUCUUCUACCUCUCUUUUCGGCUGUCUCAGGGUCUUUUCCUCCUUUCCACUUCCACAAGAAGCAACAAACACUGGUCCUGGGGUUUUUACUCUUGUUGACUUUUGUGGCUAGCAUCUUCAAUAGCAUUUGUCACAUUGACACUAUCUCCCUGACACUAUCUUCAAUGCUCUGCAGCUCAAUAGACAAAAAGUGGGAUCUUUAAAGCACCUGGGGCAGCCAGGAUCCCACCUCAAAGUUAAAGUUAGUAGGAAUGAAACACGUCACUUCAGCCUUUGGAAAGUCCAGCUCAACACAAGUACAUGCACAGACUCACCUGUUUACUUGGCAUCAAAGCUUGGCCUCUCUCAUUCAGUUACCUGGGUGAAUUCUUCUCACCCUGGUUGCAUUUCAGUGCCCAUGAAUGAAGCAUCUUGGUUGUUGGAGUUGGCAUGUAAACUGAAAAGAGGCUGAGGCUCUUCUUUGAGUCCCACAUGCAUCCCAGUCUCUUUUCCCCAGCUUCCCUCACUUGACCAGGUGAGGUGAGGCUGGCACAUGCUUGCAAGCAUCAGUGAUGCUUAAGAGCAAAGCUAGUUUUGAAGGGAGCCCUUGGGCAGGUGAGAAGGCAGAGCAUGUAGUGAGAAGCUCCUGGCUGACUUGCAGGGAGACAGGGUAUUGUGCAACACCCAGUUAUUGGACCUGCUUGGGCUUUUUUAUUUGCAUUUAGCUUUCUGCAACAUCUUCUAAAGCUUGGACACUCAGGCCAACCUGGUGAUGCCAGGCUGAAAAUGUGUUAGGAGUAUCAUUUAUACACACAUACACACAUACAUGCAUGCAUGCAUACCUAUGCUCUCGCACACAUCUCUCUUUUGCACAUUUCUGACCUCUGCUUUUAGUCAUCCAUUGCCAUCAGCACAGAGUGUGGCUGCAGUAGGAGUUUCUCUGAGUCAAAUGUUGCAUUUCUGUGAUACUCCAAUGCCUUCUUUAAUCUGCUGUCUCCAAAAGUAGGCCGCCGGGAACACUCUAGCAGGAGGUGUAUUCAAAGAACUAGAAUCCUGUGUGGUAUUUAUACUUGUAUUUAUUUAUUGUCACAUGGUGGAAGGGGAGAGAGCUUUGCUGCCUUUGCCCACACAGGCCCUGCUGCUGCUGCCCAUCGCAAAGCUGUGAGCCAUUCUAGGGAAUGUCGGAUGCAGUUGCUUAGUCACCAUGUUCGUGUGAUGCUAAAAUCCUGGUCAAAAAGUCUUUGUUUUGGUCUGUGAAAAUUUCUAGUAAUGACAGGAGAGCCUUACUUGAUCAAACGCAACUAGAUGCUGCUUUCCGAGGCAUGGGGGUGUUGCCACACAAUUAUUCUGUUAUAUCGAAUAUAUUCCCCACGUCCUGGCUACCAUCUGUGGUUAAUUUCCCUGCAAAUUCCCUGCCAGCAGUCUACAUUGGGUUAGAAAAAUCUGAGCUUACAAGUGUCGUCUGAGCUUUUCGAUCAAUGCUGUUUAUUAUUUUCAUAAUGAAGAAACAAUUGAAGCCAUUUUUUGGAAUAGAAUUUCCUCAUGAGGGCACAAAUGCUCAUAAGUUCCUAUCCCACUAAUUCAUAUGGCAUAUUUCAGCUGUGGACUUUCAAUAAGAAUCACAAAAAUAAGAGCAUGAUGAUUUACUUUUAAACCUGAAGCACAUAUGUGUGCUAUGGCAAUGUUUCUAUGGUCCCUUAGAAAACUGAUUGUUAUAAUAACUAGUGAUGGAUGCUUGAGCAGAUAAACUGUCAUGAAAGCAUUCGGCAUCAGGGAGGUGGUGUAUGUGUGUAUGUACAAUGUACACAGAUAUAUUCCACUGCUCUUCUGUGAGACAGAUAUAGGUUCUUCUCUUAACAGGCAGCUUAGGUUGUAGUAGUUGUUAGGUUGCCUUAACUUUCUACACUGCCUUUUUUUUUUUUACUUAGUAUUGGGAUCUGUGCAAUGAUACAUAGGUUAUGAUACCCAGAGGUGGAUGUGGCUGUGAUGUGAGCAGAGUUGGAAAGCACUGGCCAGUGCACAACCUCCAAAGGGCUGAGAUGGGUUUCUAAUGGGGGUUUGCAGAUGUUUUAACUCCUCCUCUAUGUCUGCGUAAUGUCCUGAUGUUAGCCAGUAUUAGUUCUGUUAGGAACCCAGGGUCACAUUUACCUUCAAGGUCUUCUCUCACCAACACAAAACACUGUUGAUUUAACCUUUGUAGUGUUCAGGAUGGAAGCAGAGCUGCAAGGAACAGGAGCACACGCUUUACAGUUAAUAUUGCAUGAGCAAGGAGUAGUUUUCCCCUGAUUCAGGAAUUCUGCACUUAAAUGACCAGUGCCCCUGGCAUGAACAUGGUCCUGUUAUUAAUUCAUUUAGAAUACAGACUUGCAGGGGAAAAACAGAACAUAUUUUGCUAGUGGUGUCAAUCCUUUGGUUGCCAAACCAUACUCUUCUGCAACACAGUACAAUAUUCUGGCUCAAAAUGACAGCAUGUCUUUUUAUAAACAGUCAUUUAUUUGCUGCUCGAAAAGAAAAGGUGACAAAGGGCAAAAAAGAUGUAUUUAUUAUACAGUUAUUUAGUAGCAGGUGUUUAGAUGGGAGAAUUCAUUUGAAAACUUAUUUAUUGUUUUAAUCAUUGAAGAAACUCAAGGAAAUCAUUGCUGUAGCAAGUUAGUGCGUAGUUCCUGAGGGGAAGAAGGGCUAAGCUGAUUUACAGUGGCUGAGAAUAUAACCCUCUGUAUGUAAAGCUGAAAACUCACCUUAAGAAAACAUGCACUUGCCCCGUAUCUUCUAAAUCCCCAAUGUAAACAGCAGGUUGGAAUGCCCUAGGCUGUGUUGCUCCCUGAAAUGGAAGGCUAGACUGGACAAACUGAUUCCUGGUUUGAGGGCUUUGGGGGUUCUCGGUGCGAUGGCUGUUGUAUGUGAAAUGCAUGACUGGUGGAGAGAGGACACUCAGGAUUCCCCUGGCCACCUGAAGGCUCUCAUCAGUGAGAUAUGAAGCCAUGCUUCACCUUCAUUUGUCCUCCAGAAGCUUUUAGUCUUUGCUCCAUAUUGGUCCAAUCUCACUUGUUCGCACCUCAUGCAGCUUCGCCCGUAGGUUGAUGGUUGGACACCGUCUCCUGAGAAAGGGGGGAUGUGCAUAGGAGUCUUUCCAGGCUGAUCUGGGUGCAGAACGUGGGGUCUCCUUGCUGGGGGAGUGUGAGCCGCAGGCCAUUGCAUAGGCUUUAUGCUGGAAACAGGGUUUUUGCACAACCUCAAAUCACACAUUGAUCUGUGUGAUGGGUUUCAGGAAAUGCAAUAUCAAAUGUGCAAAUUGAGAAUGGAUGCCACCUGCAAAAUGUUCGGUGCAAGAAAGCACAUACAAACGGGGUGUUUGGGUGAAUGUGGAUUUUAUCAUCUCCCUUCUCCAAAGCCCCCACCUCAAACACAUUGCAUGUAAAAUCACUUUUACUAUUUAAAUGAUAAAUUUAACAAAAAUCCAGAGAGUCAUUCAAACUGGCAAGACUUACAGUAUUUUGUGACAAACCAGUCUGAAUUUUGACAAAACUUUUGUCUUUUCUUCCAAAUCAAGGGCCUGGGUGUGAACAUCCUUGAGCUAAUGGGAAUCCUGUCUGUGUCCAGAUCCUAAAUUUGUGCCUCAGACCAUUUCCUUUGCUGUUGGAAAUAGCCCAUUUUUAUCUUGUUGAAUGUUUGCUUUGGAGACCACAAAUGUCCUUUCCUUGUGCUUAGGCAAUCAGGGAAGAGAGGCAGGUUUUGCCUGGCUAGUUUCCACACCUGCAUGCAGUGAGAAAGUGCUCAUAUAGCUUCAUGAGCACUGAAAUUGUUUUAGAAUUAUUUUUGUUCAUGGUCCUAAUGCCUUGAAGUGCAUGUUUCUAUUUUUGUUCUCCAUAAGAAAGAGGAAACCUAAUCUGAGCUGUAUUUUAGUAUUCACAGAUACACACCUAAGAGUUUUCUUAGGUUUUUUUUGAAGUGACAAAAUUCCACUCAAUAAUUUAUGAAUCUAACAACUGUAGAGAAGACAGCACUUUGAUGUACUCCUGACAUAGCGAAAAACACAACUAAUGUCUCUCAGGAAGCUUAACAUUUGUUUCUGAGACAGCAAUUUACUUAAAAUAUAGCAAGUACUGCUUAUUUCAGUGCAGGCAUGUAAUUGAUAGCAUCUUUCCAUUCUGUUGUUGGGAAGAGUAUUUACAUAGCAAUGCUUUCUCUUUAGUUUCUUUUGUCCAUGCCAAAGAGUGUAAUUGAACUGAUAUUGCAAACAUAGAUUAACAUGAAUGUAUUCACCCGAGUGCUUAAACUUUUCUACCUCUCAUAGCUGCUAUAACUGCUUGAACUGUUAUUGCACACAAUAGUCAAAAGAACUGAAUCCAUGUGAGAGUCUAACUCCUAUUUUCAUAGAUAGCUAAAGGAUUUAGGAUUUAACUCUUAUUAGCUACCUGUCAGAUCCUUAUUCCUAAAAAAUGGGCAUAGGCACCCAGGAAGGGCUGUAUGAGUAGCCCUUUUGAGUAGUCAAACAAUGAUUUUUUUUUUUCUCAACUUUUUUUCUCACCAAAACAAAAAACCAGCAACUGUGAUUUGUUAGACAUAGAAGGUUAUAUGUUACCUGAAAAGUUGCAUUUCACAGGGGUGGCAGAAAGUGAUGAGAUACUUGUUAAAAUGCCUUUAAUGAUCCUUCCCCAGCCCUCCCCAUUGGCCGGUAACCAUGCGAGGCAUAGGUUUAAUGUCCCCAUCUGCCUUGGGGGACACAAACCUCCAUCUCCAUGGCAAAUGCUUCCACCAUGGUGUUAUCCUGGAUCCCACUCAAACUUUCCUGUUAGAGCUUUUCUACUUGGCUUGAAAUUCCUAAAUAACAGUGUUUUAGCCUGCUGAUUCUGGUGUUUAUCAAAGAGAUAAAGUACUUGGCAGCAAGACCUGCUCACUGAAAUAGCUUGAAUUAUUUGUAUAUGGUGGAAACCCAAUUUGAGAAGUUUUUGUUCCCCCUUUCUGCUGGUAUAUGUUGUAAAGUGAGGGUUGAGACAACCUGCCAGGUGGUGGGAAUGAAGACUUAUUGCUGUUGACAUCCUGGGCCAUUUCUCACAUAAGUGAGUAAACAGUCCUGUGACUGAACUGCUCUUUAUCUCCUCCUUACUUUCCCCUCACUUCCCCCCCGCCCCAGCCCCAGAUUUGGGCAAAUUUGACUCCAGUGUGUAUACAGGUUCUGAAGAGUAUUUAUGAAUGUAAGAAAAAUUGCUGCUCCUAUGGCAAACUUUACCUUUUGCCAAAAAAAUAAGAAAAAGUAUCACAGACUUUUCCCUGUUCUCACUUGGGCUCUCUGGGGUAUGACAUCAAACCCUUCCCUUUACAUAAGCCAGGCCUGAUUUGGGUGACAUGUUGCUCUAGGAGGUUCUCAAGGCUGGUGCCAGCAGUCCCUCAAGGAACCUGUUGGAGUUAGAUGAGUGCUGUGUUAAACCAUAGAUAUUAAGGCAGGAGGAUGUUUGAAAACCAUCUGUCAUGGUGUCCCACAUAACACAGUCCAGAGCUCUUCCCCCACUCACUCCUGCAGCAGAGGGAAUUAUUGUUCCCCGUUAACACUGUGAACUCCAACAGUUUGUGUCUGAAAUAGAACACAUCUUCCUGCAACACACUGGAUCUUGAUUUAAUCAGUUAACCCUUUCCACUUUCUGGGCUGCUGCAACAGUUUUAACCAUCAUUGUUAAAACAGUGUUCAACAUUUGACUUCAAAAGGUGCUAACAGUCUCCUUAUUAAACCACAGUUUUCAGGAGUUGCAAGCAGUCCUUUUGUGAAAUGAUGCUGAGAAGCUCCGUGCUGACCAGCAUCCUUCCAGGGGGAGGAACAUGGCAGUGGGGUCCACAGCCAGUGCAGACUGAUGGCAAAGGACCAGAUCUGGUCAAAUACUCUCUGAAUAAAACUAUUGCUAUUUUUCAGCCCAAGCUACACAAUUAAGAAAUCAAUAUAUUGUGAUCUGAAGUACAAGGCUAAGAGGUUUUUGAACAUUUAUAAACAAAACAAACAAAACCAAACAAACCAAAACAAACAAAAAACCAGUUCCACUGAUAUCUCCUUCUUCCGAAUCCUUUCAUCUCCAAAAACAUUGUUCCAAGCUUUACAGAGGGUUUUAUUGCCAUCAAGCUGAUCAGGCCUUAUUUCUCACAUCUCUUCCUACUGGGGACAAGGACUGCUGAGGGGGACAGGAAUGUGCCAUAAAUCAGAACAGAGAUAGGUAGCGAGGAGAACCAUUAGUGCGUUUCCCAUGAGGGAUUUCAGCUUUCAGGCUGCGAUGUGAGGGAUCCCACAUGGCAGUGCCUUCGCUGGUAGCGCUGACACCAAUUUCAGCCUUUACUUGGCCCGCUCAGCCCCAGCCUGCUCGUGUGGCUUCACAAACUUGAGAGCAUCUCCUUGAAGCAAUGGGUUUGCCUACACCUGGCUUCUUGAGAGAGCCACCUGUGUCAGCCGUGCAGAUAUCUCGUGUAAAGGUGCUGGCGGUGCCACCAGGUUUGGGGAGGCUGCUUUGGAAACCUCUUCUUUCCGUGUUGGUAGAUCUGGAUACCCUACAGCUGGCCCUUGGCCCUGUGCAGCUCGUGGCUUGUGUGGGGAAGGAAAGACUGUUCCCAAAUCUCUGUAGACUUGCCGUUGUUUAAAAAAGCUCGUUACCACCCAUAGUUUUAAAAGGUUUGGGGGCUUUGUGUGGUACCACCUGCAAAGAUCUGAAGCUGAUCUUUCUCAUUUAUAAGUCAGUGAAGAGCUUGAAAGACUCUCUGAAAUGUAUGUCCUGUGACUUAGACAUUCAUGAGCUACUAUCUCUUCUUAUAGCCAUGUGGGAAAAGCUUUAUAUGAGUCUGGACUAACCAUUGUGUUAUGCUGCUAAAGAGGUCCCUGCAUCAUGGGUAUUUGGGGGCAAAACUGAACACUUUUUCAUUAUUUGUUUAACUGUUGAAAGCAGUAGAGGGGCAGAUCCUUUGCUGGUGUAUAUAGCUUAGCUUGUGAGCCAUGCUGGAGCCACAUCGGUCCACACAAGCUGAAGGUAGAGCCUGAUCGGUUUUGAAUAUUAUCUUUCUUGAUUUGUAUGGUCUUUUGCAGUGUAAUGACUGCUGAUUUGGAGCUUUAAUUGCAUGCAUUUGACAGAAACAGAACUGGAGUGAGGUUUAUUAUUGUUUUGAUACAGUCUCAAAAGGGAAGCUUUUUACUAGCAUUUUAAUAUAGCCCUUUGUAAACACCUAGGAAAUAAAAACUCUGAGUCCAAUCCUUCUGCUAAUGGAUUCACUGAUAAAGUUUCCUUUGGCUUUAGUAGGAGCUGGACUGGGUUCAGUAUAAAUGAUACACUCUAGUGUUACUGAUAAUGAGUUAACGUGUUUUAUAUAUUAAUGCUUUUUGCUGGACAGUGCAUUGGCUUUUUAUGAUUUGGUGAUAUAUACAAAUAAAUUAUUUGAAAAGUCAAUAUUUCUAUGCUUGUUUUUUGAAGGUGCAUUUAAAUUGUUGCAAUGUAAGAGAAAAAAUAAUUCUCAGUCAGUGGUAGCAUCUGAGCUCGUGUACUCAUUCCCCAGCAUCUCUGUGCCACAGCUUGCAUGGUCGAGGAUAUGGCCAACCAUCCUAAGCUUCCUGAGCCCUUUCAGUACCAUAUUCCAGCAGUGAACCCUAACGCCACAGCAGGCAAGGAGAAGAUGCUCCCAUGCCAGCAUGCAGCUGAAAGGCAGCUUGUUAUCAAAGGUAGAGUGGGACCACAGGCUACAUGGGCAGGUUCAUUUUCUAAAUGCCAACUGGUUAAUUUUCUUCUUGUAACAUCAGCCUUUGUCUUCAAGGAUAGGACUAAAGGUUCCCUACAGCUACCUUGGACCAAGGAAUUAAUAAGACACAAGUCCAUAUUAUUUUAGAGGUUCCUGAGUUAUUCCUUGAGGCCAGCUGGUAAAACCCUUUUUCUAGUCACAUACUGCCAGCACUUCUCCUUGCUUCGAAGUGGCAAAAAGGUAGAAAUGACAAUUAAAAUUGCUGUUAAGAACUUCUCCUGCUCCAUUAGCUUGUUUCCAGACUAGCAGGGUUAGAGAGAUGAAAGGAGGGAGUGGGACUAGAAGCAGUCUUCAGCAUUGCCUUUUACCAGCGCUAAUGCUGAGUGCAUUAAAAGGUUAAUGUAAAAAAAAUCUAGUGUCAUCUCACUGUGUCCUUUUCUAUCUCCUCUAAUCGUACGGGUAUGGAUACGCCUGCUAGUGCAAUCAGGUGCUGUUGAUGUGGUGAGCCUGCCUGAAGAGGGUGUUGGCAGCUGGUCUCCGUUCCUGCUGCAGGAAUGUACCGAAUGCUGUCAAAACAACGCUUACACCGUACUGUUGUGGUCUUCUGAUUUCUGUUGUGCAUUGAUUCAUUACCCAUUGCGUAAGGGAUAUUGGGCAGUACUUCUACCCUUAGGCCCUGUUACUAGCCCAUUUUCAUGCACAGACCUCAAUUCUACUUUCUUCUGGCCCUUGGACUCCUGCCCCCCCAGAUGCUGCUCCUGGGAAGCCCACCUACUCACUGUCUGCUUCAAAAAUUUCCACAAGACUCCUGUCCUCCAUCACUCCUCUUUCAGCCCUUUAAAGCAAAAACACAACCACUUCCAAGCUGGAUUAAAUAAUUGCUCAGAGCUGGUUGGCUUCAGGACUCUUGACUUCUAAAGUGAUUUACCAUGUGAAUUCAGGUGAGCAUCUCUAUCUUUUGUAAUAAAUUAUGUACUCCCUCUCCUUUUUACGUCUUUAUGGGCAAUUCUCAGGAGUUGUACUGAAGGGAAAUAUUACCCAGCAUGGCCAGCAAGGGAAUUAUUACCCAACACAGCUGAUUUUGUGUAACCAUGGAGCUCCUAUCGUCUCUUCCAAACUCACAAAGGUUUCACACCUAGAAAACCAGCACUGAACAAGAACAAGGAGAAAUCCCAUCCAGCUCACAGUGGGGUUAGAUCAGUGAUGGAUAAAGAACAGAAAGAAGGGGCGGAGUGGGAAAAGGGUGUGCGUCUAUGUGUGUGUGUGUGUGUGUGUGUGUAAGCAGGAUGGAUGGAUGGGAAAAGAGCUUCAGUGUGAGAAGGAAAUGAAACAGGUAAGUCCACAGUGAAGCUGUGCGGUAGUAAUUAAAUGCAGGCCCAGGAGCUGGGAUUUUUGCGCCUAUUCCCAGCAUUGUUAUUGACCUACUUCAUUGCCUCGCACAAAGGCAUUGGCUUUCUCAGCUUUGGUUUCUUCACCUGCAAAAUGCCACCACUUUCCCAGGGAUGGGGUUUAGCUUGUAUUUAUUUCAAAUGUUCUGGCUUUGUAGUGAAUUUGUUAUGGCUUUCUGCAGCCUGCCACGUUUCUGACUGAACGCAGUGAACAACCCUGACCCGGGAGGCCUUGCAAGGCCACGGGGAGACCUCAACAGACAACUCAAGUGCUGCUUUUGCCCAUGUCCAAAAUCGUCCCAACCAGUGCUUAGACAGAGGCCAAGAAUAGCCAUUCCUCUGCUUAAUUUCCCUGACAGCCCGGAUGCGAUAGCCGUUCUCACUUGCACCAAGUUGGGCCCCAGCGAGGAGAACACGGCUAUUUUCCUUUUAAAGCAGAUGGAGGAAAGAUGGUCCCAUGCCCGUCUCCUGGGGAGCCGUGCAGAGGUUGAGCACACAUAUGGAUUUCACGCCGCCUCCUCAUGUUCCCUCACAGUCCUAAGAGGAGUUCCAGUUUUACCUUAACCCUUUGACUUGUUUUAAAGUUACUGAAACCAGGUUGCUAUCAUCCUGGAAGGGUUCACUGUACUGCUCUUGCUCUUGAGAUUGCUCAGUUCUUUUCAGCUCAGGCUUUGCUUUCUUGUUGCAAUACACCAUGAUUUGCAGUGAGGGAACCGUCCCUUUAAAAAAGGCUCCUGUUUUGAAGGAGCAAGUUGGUACAUGCUGGGAGGACAUGUCAGUUUACAGCCAAAAAAGGAAUGCCACUGCUUUACCAAAAAGCUUCAACAUG